AACAGCGGCGAUGGCGACGGCGAUGGCGGCGGCGCGGCGCAGCCCUUGGCUUUGAGGGCAGUGGCAGCCCCGGCCCGGCCCCCGCCUCCGGCCGCGCACCCCCGCCGGCGCUGACACUCGCGACGAGACCCCCGGGCCGGGAACGAGGAGGAGGAGGGGCGCCGGCCAGAGCCCCGGGGCGGCUUCGAGGCUUGGAGGCGGCGACCGCGGUCCCGGGGCCGCGGGGCUCUCCCCGUGCCCGGUCGGGGCGCGGAGGAGGCGCCGGGGCGCGGCGGCGGAGCGGGCCCCGCGCGGGAUGAGCCGCCGCGCCGCCAGCACUGCCGGCCCCGCGCAGGAGUGGCCUGACCUGGAGGACCUUUCCUUCUUGUGACAAGAAAUAAGUCUUUCAGAUGAACCAGGCUGUCUGUAGAUGUCCAGAAGGAUCAUACAGGAUCACUUUAUUUUGCUUAAAUGAUUGCCAUAUGCAAUGGACACUGAUCUCAGUUCCCAGGACAGGAAGGACCUGGACAAGUUCAUCAAAUUUUUUGCUUUAAAGACAGUACAAGUAAUUGUCCAGGCCCGACUUGGAGAGAAAAUCUGUACCCGCUCAUCAUCCUCCCCAACAGGUUCUGACUGGUUCAAUUUGGCAAUCAAAGAUAUACCAGAGGUUACUCAUGAAGCAAAGAAAGCCCUGGCAGGACAGUUGCCCGCUGUUGGACGGUCUAUGUGCGUGGAGAUUUCUCUCAAAACCUCAGAGGGGGACUCCAUGGAGCUGGAAAUUUGGUGUCUAGAAAUGAAUGAAAAGUGUGACAAAGAAAUCAAAGUUUCAUACACUGUAUACAAUAGGCUGUCUCUACUGCUGAAGUCUUUGCUUGCUAUAACCAGAGUAACUCCAGCCUACAGACUCUCAAGGAAACAAGGCCAUGAAUAUGUAAUAUUGUACAGGAUAUAUUUUGGUGAAGUCCAGCUGAGUGGCUUGGGAGAAGGUUUCCAGACAGUCCGUGUUGGGACAGUGGGUACCCCAGUGGGCACCAUCACUUUGUCUUGUGCCUACAGAAUCAACCUUGCUUUCAUGUCAACCAGGCAGUUUGAGAGGACCCCUCCUAUCAUGGGGAUUAUAAUUGAUCACUUUGUGGACCGUCCCUAUCCCAGCUCUUCACCCAUGCAUCCCUGCAAUUACAGAGCUGGUGAGGACAAUGGUGCAGUGUACCCUUCCGUAGAAGAUUCCCAAGAAGUAUGUACCACAUCUUUUUCCACCUCUCCUCCAUCUCAGUGUGUUUUUACUGUCACAAAGGCACAUUUUCAGACCCCUCCUCCUGUGGUGACCGACACCUUGAAGGUCCCAGUGAUGGGACUGGCCUUUUCACAUCAACUUUCCAGCUCUCGUCUUUCCUAUCAGCCUGCUGCCCUGGGAGUUGGAUCAGCUGACAUGGGGUAUCCUGUACUCUUUGCUGGUGGCUUGAAUGCUGCACACCCUCACCAGUUGAUUGGUCCAGGCAAAGAAGGGGGAGUUCCCCCAGUUCCUAGCCAGCCAGCACAUGGCACUCAAGCUGAUCAAGAGAGGAUGUGCACCCCACUGGAUGGAGUCCAUUACUCAGCAGCUACUCCUUCUAGCAGUGAGGACACAGAAACAGUAUCCAACAGCAGUGAAGGAAAGUGUGGCUCCCCACAUGACCUUUUGGAGACCAUCUUUAUCCGGAAGGUGGGAGCUUUUGUCAACAAACCCAUUAACCAGGUGACCAUGGCCAACUUAGACAUUCCUUUUGCCAUGUUUGCUCCCAAGAAUGUUGAGCUGGAAGAUAACGACCCCAUGGUCAAUCCUCCUGAAUCCCCAGAAACGGAAUCUCCUCUACAAGGCAGCUUACACUCGGAGGGCUCCAGUGGCAGCAGCACAGGGAACACCCAUGAUGACUUUGUUAUGAUCGACUUUAAACCAGCAUUUUCAAAAGAUGACAUUCUUCCAAUGGACCUGGGGACAUUUUACCGUGAAUUUCAGAACCCCCCUCAACUCAGCAGCCUCUCCAUUGACAUUGGAGCACAGUCCAUGGCAGAGGAUUUGGACUCGUUACCAGAGAAGCUGGCAGUCCAUGAAAAAAAUGUUAAAGAAUUUGAUGCUUUUGUGGAAACCUUGCAGUGAAGCUGUUUCCCAGUUCUGCUGCAGCAAUUCUUCUUCCUCAAGCAUCCUGGAGAUGACAUCAACAAAUAUCUCUUUCGCUCCUGCUCUGCGUUUUGUUCACAUUGACUAGUUCCUUCCAUCAAGUGAGCUUUCUUUUCUCUCUUCAAUGACAGAUACGGCUCAUCUGCUGAUUCUCCUCAACUUUUCCACCACGUAGUUCAGGACUGCUUUUCCUGCUCACAGUCAGUUUUAAGACUUCGGUAGGGACACAGGAAGUCAAACUCCAAUGUAUGGAAACUUACUUUCUCCUCAGUCUGUGUUCUGUAUGGAGGGGCUCCGUGGAAAGUUGCCAUAUGCUUCCUCCAAGAGUCCUAUGGUGUAAAUUCCCUAGGUAGAGCUUCUUGCUAACAGACUUUUUCCUACAGUCUCUGAUCCUGUUAGAGCAUAGAAAGCUUUGGUUUAUUUCCAGGGUCUGUGAGUUCAGCAAAUUCGGCUGCUUGAAGUCUAGGAUAUCCAUUCCACAGAACUGGGCAUUUCAUCCUGACUUCAGAGUGCAUGCUUGGAGCCCAGGGAGAGGUGUCAGCUUUGAGACCUGCAUAAUACAAGUUACCUUUGUUUUCCUGCUUCUAAGAAAUUGGGUCUCUACACAGUGAUUUUGUGCAAGGCAUUCUGUUAGGUGGCUGAUAAGCAGGAGUGAAACUACAGGAAUGCUUUCCACACUUCCUUCCUGAGUGUACUGACACUCGGCCAUGCUGAGUUUAACAGUGUUGACUGUUGGCAAGCCUGCACUUAGCAGCUGUGACGAUGCUGAAUUCAUAGCCUCUGCUUCUAAAACAUAACUGUAAAUACUAGGAAUCCUAUUUCUUUAGGGUUAUGUAACUAGGAGUCUUAGUCCAAGAUUUUUUUCCUCUAAUCCUUGCAAGCCUUCCUGCUUUAUGGUUAAUAGAUGAUCUUAAGAAUUAAAAAAUAUUUAUUGCUUUUAAAGAAACCUAUAUUUAAAAGAUGUUCUGUUUUCAUGUUAUAGUGCGGGUCAUUCUGUUCUGAUCACUGCAGAGAGCAAGUGUGCCAUAGAAUCCUGGCCAGUGAGAUUGGUCUCUCUUUGCAGGAAAAUAUCCAAAAUAUUUAUUUUCUGAAACAGACUUGAUUAAUAUUAUACUCUGUUUUGGGGACUCUGUGUCCAUUGCAUCCAGUCAGGGCUCACUGAUAGAAUGAAAUGCACACAUCAGUGGCAGGGACUUCGUAAAAAGCUGUUUUCUGAUAGGCAUGGAUGAAUUUGUAGUGUUCUUUGGCCAUUCAGAAAGCAGCUUCCUUAAAGAAGCACACUUUUUUUGGAAGCUUAUGGUACUUUUUAAUCAGCUGGCUUUUUGAGUAGCUGAAAUUUUAUUUUUGUAAGAAUCUGGCCAUAGACAGUGUGACUGGCUGGCAUUGCUCUGUGGGCAAUUUGGCUGUUGCAUGUCUUCUGCCUCAUGUAAGGGUGGGAGGAGAAACAGUGAUACUAAACAGAAACUUGGAUAAGGUGGGUUUUCUUGUGGUUCUCUCUCCUCCUCCCCUGUGUAACUAGAGUGAGCAACUGCAAGACCCCUUACUGUCCAAAAUCAUUUUUUUUCCCCUUAAGUGGAGCUGUGUUGCUUGAGUACUGAGAAAUCACCUUCAUUUCCUCAGAGUGGCUGAGUAACCAGCCUUCUAGGUGGUGCAAUGUAGCAGCUUCUUCAGCUUAGCUGCAUUCAUAGUUGGAAGAGAUUGCCUGCAGCUGAUGGGGGAGCCCAAACUCCACUCUGGAACACUAUUUCCGUGUCACUGCUGGAGCACGGAGCCAAAUUCAGAACAGAUCUUACUGUAAGGCCAGAGCAAUGCAAUGCUUUGAACUUCAUGAGAUUUUUUUGUUGAGAGAUGUGUUUGGUGGGAAGCCUUUUAAGUUCUAAAACUCCAGGUAAGAGCUUCAUUGAAGGAAAGUUGCCCACCAGAACCUUUUUAUUUUACUCAACCAAUUCAACUUUUUAGCAACUUCACAUGGAAAUGCUUUGUCCGUGCAAAGUAAGAUGCACAAACAUUUAAGCAAGCUUCCAAGAUGAAAGUUUGUAACACAGCUCUAGUAAGAUGGGCUGAAACAAAUACUUGAUCCCCAUCCAAGAGCCACCUUGUUUCACAGGUGGAAAGGGUCGCAGAAGGGUGCAGGAACACAAGGAAUUAAUGGAUCAAUUGCCUCUCACCUGUUUUCAGGAAGUUGGUCCACCACUUUGUAGGAAGUAGCUGAUAGAUAGGUGGUUGUCACCUUUAGUCACUUAAAAGUCACACUUUCUGGGCUGCAGAGCAGCAGAGAUGAGGUGAAGUGCUGGUUCACACCAUAUGAAUAGAAAAAAAUUGAGGUUAAACUUCCUCUAGCCAGCACUCCUGCUGUGCUCUUCUGCUGAUGAGUUGUGGAGCUGGCAUGAAGCACUGCCAUUCUUGUUAAUCCCACCCAGGAGGUCAGGGCUUGUACUUGUGCUCUUUUAUUGAUGGAGUUCCUAACAUGGCUACAGCUCUCACAGCUCAUAAGGCAGAAUGGCACUGUAGCACAUUUUCUUCUCUUCAAAAGGCUGGAAAAUUGCCUAUUUAAGCUGCUAGUGUUGAGCUGGAUGGCCAUAGCAAUAAGAUUCUCCAGGGCUGAGUUUACCUGCCUCUAGUCUGAACAGUCCUCAAUUUCAAUACACAGUUGCUACAUCUAGGCUCUGAGUUCCCUGGCCACUGCACAAAUGUUCUGCUUCAGUAAAGAUCUAGCUGCUGUGGCCUGCCACAGAUUGUGUUAUGAAGGCUGUUUAUUUUAGCAGCUCUGCUCAACUCAAUAUUAAGGACAUUAAGUAUGUAGCUGCUGAUUUACAGAUACUUUGGGUGGAGGGGAAGGCUCCUCAAGUGUAUUGUUUUGGAAAGUCUCCAGUGUACUUCAAGUAUUCAAAGAAUUUCCAAUAAAACUUUUAUGUAAGCAACACUGCAUUUUCCUGUGUGUACCAACAGGUCUGGGACAGUCCCAGGCUCAUACUUGUUUUCCUCCAGGAAACAGGAGGGUUAGGGGCCUGUCAGUGAAUGUGGGACAAAACAAGUUGCUGCCUCCAUCAGAGAGGGCAAAAUGGACUGGUGCAUUAUAGUUGGGGCAGUCAGUGGGAUCCUAUGGAGAUCAACCUACUGGAAGGACAGCAAGGGGCAGACAGAACAGAUGCCUGGAGGUGGGAGGAACAGGUGUCAUACAGUGUUUGAUCCUGCUGCCCUCACCAGCAAAUUGGGAAACUGAAAUAUUAACUCAUUUCCAAAAGAAAGGGGUGGGAAAAGGGGAAAAAAAUAUACCCACAGAAUUUGCAUUGUACAGGGUUGCUACUACAUGCUAUAAAGAAGCAUAGGACUGUUUUGAGUUGACAGGAGGGAUAGCAGAGACUAAUAUAAUGUGGAAAGAAUAACCACUCAACAGCUCUAUUCUAGUAUUGAUGAAAGUUAACCCUGUAUAACACACAAUGCCAGGUAUGGUGCUAACACCUUCCCUUUAAUGGAAAGACAAGAUUAUAAAAAUCUGUGUACAGUGUAAAGGGUGUCUGGUUAUUAUAAAAAAUAUACAGUGGAUAAAGUGGCAGGAAUGGGGAGAAAAAAAAAGAAAAAUAACUGUGUAUUAGAAGCUUCUAUGAAGGGAAUAUUCCAGCUUGGGAUACAAGGAUAACUAAUUAAGAGAGAUUGCUUUUAUCACAUGUUCAGAAGGUAACACAGUAAACUGAGCAUCUCACUGCAAUCUUAUGGACAUCAACUUGUCUCUGUCUACGUUAUAUGCAUGUAUAUGUGUGUAUUUAUGAGUGUUAUUUCAUGAACUUAAAAAUUAUAUGGUACAGUUUCAAAACUCACAAAAACCAUCCUGUGGAAUCUGGGGCUUCCUACAGGGCUUUCAGUAUCCACCAUUUACACCGUGUCACCAGUAAGACAAGGGACUGGAAAAGCCAUCAGCAAAUAAGCGAGAAAGUGAACAAUCACAGAAGUAUGAUUCAUCACCAAGGUCAUGAACAAUUAAAUUACAUUACCUUGUGAGCCUACUGUAUGUAUUUAUAAAUAAUGUUCUCCAAACAGUGUCCAUAAAGCUAUCGGGCCAGUUGCAAUGGUGUUCACACUGUGUUCAGCACUGCCCAUGGCUGCACAUAACAUAGGUCCUUCCAAUGCCAGCUCCCUGUCAGGGACAGAUGCGCCUGCUCUCCAGCUCCUCUGAGUUGAUGUUGCUACAACACAGUGCCAGGCAGGUCAAUGUGACAAAGCCCAGAGCCAUGACCAGCUGCUACACUGAGAUGAGGUUUGAUAGAUCUUGCUGUAUAGUUGGCAUGUUAACCAUGCUGACCCCAUUAUAGGGGCCAUGUCAACAUGCAGAAGGGGAACUGGCAACUGGGAAGCCCUUAACUGGACAGUUUAUGAACAGUAAGAACUGACAAGCAGCACACUGUUUAGACAUGCAAGUGUUGACAUCAGCAUUAACACACCCUGCCACAUCAUUGCUGACAGCCCAGCAGUCAGGCUGCUGCCCAGUGCUGAUGGUUUUAGCUCCAGUGCUCUCCAUUCUACUCCUAAUUCUUGCAUCCUAGUCAAAAAGCUUACUGAUGUAACAGGCAAAUUGCAGUCUUUAGGAAAAGGUAAUGAACUGAAUAUGGAUCAAGGGGAGUGUGGUGGUCCUAACCAGACCAGUUGGCAAUCCACAUACACUGAAAUGAGAAGGUGCAGGCGUCUUCUGUGUAUCACCUGCCCACAGGAUAAACUUGGCUAACUAAUCCUAAAGUGGCUCCCACUUGGCACCCUUGGGCAGUCCUAGGCAGACUGUUCAUCAUGACAGGAAGAUGAUAAUGUGGAAGAAUAGCCCUCUUCAGGAAAGAGCCAAAUACAUACAACUUUUUAAACUCUAUUUCCAGCCCAAGGCUCCUGCAAACUAGUAUUUCUUCGGAGUUACUCACAUAGGAGGCAUUUCAUACUUUCUUUCCUCCCUUGCAGCAUGGUUGUGGUUUGCAGCAUAGAUAGCCUUACUUGUUUUUUGUAGAUGUGCCACUGCUGCUGCCACUUGACCAACAUACCUGUCAUCAUCAUACAAAUCAUACAUCAUACCAAUGUAAUCUGAGAUUACAUUUUCAUUUUUAUUGAAAUACAAAAAGUGCAAACUGUGAAAUACAAGAUCGGUGCAGAUUAAAAGAAAAACAGUGUGAACCGUGAAAACCCAGGCCUGCACCUCAUGAACAUGAACAAAGAAGAAGGCAGGGAAUGCCAGCAAUAAAAGCAAAGCUGAAAUUUUUGCACAGGAGCCCCUGUGCAUAUAAAAGGAAACUGGGACCAAACUGGCCCUCAGCUCUCUUGUGUUAGCACACAAGGCAUCUGGAUGGCCCCAGAACCCCUGCAUCACCCAAAAGUUCUGGUGUCAGUUCACAGCUUGGGCCAGGGAGUGAACAGAGGCCAUUAAGACAGCAGGAGGCUUGGCUAGCAGAGGGGAAUGUUCUAGGUACUAAAAGCAGGAGGUUGGUGCAGAACAGGUACCCCCCCAGGAAGAAAUGGCUAAUAGCUAACCUGAAAGGUAAGCCAGGGAAGAGACCCUUGGGCAGCUCUACAGCAAGGAGAAAACCAACACAAGAGCAGCACCUUAACUGUAUACCACCCCCAACCUCUAUGAGGCAGAGAAACCCAGCCCAGCCAGGACCCUGCCCAUGUGAGGAGGGAAUUUAACCUCCUGGCCUUGGCAAGUGCAGCCUCUGGUGACCACCCACCUGACACAGGCUGCAGACAGGCCCAGGCCAGUUCCUUGCUCAGAUCAUAGGAGGAGUAUUUCAAUACAAGGCAUUCAGGAGAAUAGACUGCAAAAGCAACCCUGGUUACUGUGCCUGCUCCAGGGCCCUCAGCAGCUCCAGCACAAGGAGCAGUAGAGGAAAGGGGAUAUUUACAGUGGGUCCCUUCCAGGAUUUGCAAGCACUUUCCCACCAUGAGCAGUAGUAGUUCCCUCAACACUCUGAAUCUGCUCCCUGCAGGCACUGAACUGGAGCAGGCUUUUAUCCCUGCCUGCAGGGGAUGAACCAGCCUCUAUUUUGCUAAAAAGGGAAACAUAAUUUCAAGAAUUCACUAAAAAAAAAAAACAAACCAAAACCUAAAUCCCAUAAAAAACCCCUAAAAUAAACCAUCAAACUCCA